UUCACUUUUUCUUAUUCUUCCAUUACUUAACUCCAUUCACCCGGUACAAACACACCUUCACCCGGUACGAACACACAUAUCGUUUAACAUCACUCUUUCUUCUUCUUCUUCUUCUUUCUUCUUCUUCUUCUUCUUCUUCUUCCAUACAAACACUUUUUCUUCUUCUUCCUUUAAUAUGGAAACCGGUAAUGCAGCCCCUGUCAAUGGACCCAACAAGUUUGAAGCAUGGGUUCAAAACUGGGUGCUGCGGUACCGAUUUUUCUGGUGGAUAAUGUGUGUAAUUGGAGCUGCGAUUGCACUAACAGGCUUUUAUCCAAGGUUCAAGCUGGGAGAGGGAAAUUCAUGGAACCUUGGGCGAGGCCUUUUUUUUGCCUCUGUUGUUGUGCUUCCAUUUGCUCUCCCUCUGUUGAAAGUUUAUCAGGGAAAAGUGUUACACUAUCGGCGUCAAUUCAAAGCCUGUGGUGUGUUCAUCUCCCUCUUGGUGAUUUUUUUCUAUACUUACUUUUCAAGAAGAGGAGAAGAACAAGAACAAAGACAAAGAGGAUACGGUGAUAUUUUAUCGCUAGCUGGAUUUGCGGUGAUGAACUUUGUCCUAUCACUUCAGAAGAACUACCAAUUUGUUGAAGAACUUAUGAAGUUCUUUUUGGUAGAGCUUGUGGUGGAGCUUACCGUAUCAAGAUGGUGGUUUGGUUUCUUAGGAGCAAUGUUCAGUUUUUUACUGAUCAUCCUUUCCUCCUGUAAAGAAAAACAUGCUGACAGCCGUGAGGAACCAUCUAUUGACAACAUCACCAUUAGCGUCCCUGAAGCUAGAAUGGAGCUUGUAAGUCCAACUUCACAUGACUUGACUCGGCUGUGGAAUCUUAACGAUAAGGAUCAGGAAUUUGUUCGGCAGUUACGGCGUAUUUUUGUGACUUACAUCAAUGGUUGGAAAGACAGAAUUCCAGAGUUAACCAUGGAAAGCCAAAUCCUCACCUUUGAUAGGACUCGGCGAGAGAUGGAAUUUCUCGCGUUACCAAAGGAUGGCAUGACAUCCAUGAGGCAGAUUGAAAUGUACUCAAGAAAUCGGAGAGAGUUCUUGAAGCUGUGCAAAUCAGAGUUAAGGCCGGACAGAACUGCUACCCAGAUGAGUACCAUCAAGAAGUGUAUUAAACACUUCACCAUUGUAUUCAAGGUGCUCAUUCCCAAUGAGCAGGUCUUCUAUCAUGGAAUCUUCGGCACCUCUCCCUUCAUCAAGCAGUGUUUUAUGGAAUUCUGCUCGGAUGUGAAGAAAGAAUUGGUACGUGCUGUCCAUGAUGAGAUGUCUGAGUUGAUGUAUUCCUAUGAGGUUUUUUUAACUUUUCAAGCAAUACGUGAAUUCACUGCUAUGUGGCGGGCGCUGUUUCCGGAGGAUGUCUCCAUGUUGGCCGAUAUGGUGGAGCUGGAAAGGAAAUUGGGAGAGACAACCAGAGAUUAUUUCUUUAGGGAGGAGGAGGUGCCUUCCGAAAUCGGAACCUCCUAUUCAUGUGAGGUUCAUCCCAUCACUGCCCAAGCAAUGAACCGCCUUCACUCUGCCUUCAAGGAUAAAAAAAUCUUGAAAUCACUUCUCCAAACAUACCCCAAUGGUGAAGUUGAAAUUCUGACUAAAAGAAAACGUCUGAUUUCAAGGUAUAUAUAUUGGAACAUCAACAAGCUUGAAGCCUCUCUUGAAUCCAGCUUCAAAAAGACCUAUGUUUAUCAGCUCCAGGGAGUGUCACUGAUGACUAAUAUCAUCUACAUAGUAAAGAAGGCCGUAGAAUUUGAAUUUGAUUUAUCUAAGGAAGAAGAUUGGGCCAAGGAACAAAUAUUGAUACUUGAAAGGUGUUUCAACCAAUAUUACCGGCACGACCCGACUGAGCUGCUUGACUAUUUCCGGCAACAUAAUGCGAAGGCCACGGGAGAUAAAAUGUUGAGCAUGUUAGAUAUUCUCAAAUUUGUCCCUUCUGCUGCUUCAGCAGAUGUUUUGCGUGUAAAAUUGAUCCCAAAUUGUGAAGAAUUCAUCAAGAGAUUUCGAGCUUUGCUAGCUGGCGAUGAAGGUCCUCCCCGUUGAGGCACAGCAAGAUUAUUGGAGAGGAGGGCUGGUCUAAAAUACAAGGAUUAAAUAGAGAAGUAUAUUGUCUUGUUUUAGUUUAUAUAUUUUGGUAGAGAACGUCAUUAUGUUAAGCUUUUAAUUCUAAAACUCUGUGUCUAUUCUGCUUUGAUUUAUAGUCAAAUUGAGAGAUAUAUCCUUGUGAUGCCAAUGAGUUCCAUGUUUA